AUGCAAGUUGUAAUUUUGGCACAACAUGAUUCGAUCUGUCUUCGUCAGUUAACAACUACUGGUGUAAUUGGCCAGCUUCCACUUGCGUCUCUGGGUUUGGUUCUGUCAAAUCUCGUUCAAAUUUUCCACUCCGCUGGUGUCACCAAUCCACUUAUUCUAUGUCGCCCGGGCCAGACAUCGCAGCUCGAGAAAUGUUUACCCAAAUCUACUGGUGCCAUCUUCAUCGAAAUUUCACCGUCCCUUAGUAUUCCCGAGUGCCUUUAUCGCAUACGUGAUCGCUUUACAGCCACUGGUUGCUGUCAGUAUGUCUUUCUAACCUACGCAGAUCUUGUGGUCACUGAAUUUGACAUUCGUCGUCUUUUCCUCAAGAUGGUUCGCACGCGGGCAGCUAUUGUUGCCCUAAUGGCGCCCUAUUCUACUGAUCCAAAGUUUGUUAAAGUUGCAAGAGGUGGACACGACUUGAUGUUGAUAGAUACGGAGGACGAGAGUCUGGUUAUGUUUACUCCUGUGACCGACUUAAAGAAGCAGGUCCGCGUACCAAAAUCUGUCGUGGCCACCCAUACCCAUCUCGUUUCUCGAGCCGACCUCCAUGAUGUGGGCUUCUACUUACUUUCUGGAUAUGCUCUUCGAUUACUUGAAUAUAAUAGAGACGAGAUCGGUCUUCGGAAAGGCUUUCUCAAGCACAUUGUAAAUACGGAACAAUACAAACCCUACCAAUUCGAUACUAGCUCGAUCUACAUAAGCGACCUGCCCGAGGAGCUUCGUUACAGCCCCGACGACCUACCGAAGUCUGCCAAGGUAGCCAUCGUGAUUCACCAGGACAAGGCUGUUUGUCGUCGUCUGGAUUCGCCCUUAAGCUAUCUGGAUGCUGUCAAGUUGGUCCAUGAAAAGUACCCAUCGGAAAAGAACGAAAAGUGUAGCAGCGGUGGUGGUGGUGGCGGCGGCGGUCACAAAACCCCCAUUUCUGACACCAUCCAGGGCGAGGAGUGCGUCUUCGGCAGUGGGGUCCUCGUGCGGUCGUGCAUUCUCGGCGCGCGGUGCAGGGUGGGCGAAAGCGCCCGACUCCUCAGUUCAGUCCUCCUCUCGGGUGUUACCAUCGGCGAUGGAUGUAAAAUUACGAACUGCGUGAUUGGUGAAGGCGUGACCAUCGAUGAUAAUUGCACCUUGAAGGACUGCACCGUGGCCGCACGCCAGCACGUCCCCGCCAAGUCGCUGAUGCAUUCCGAAAACCUAGGCUUCUCUGAAAUAGACUUCGAUGAGUUAAGUGUAUGA